AUGGCUUAUUUAGAAGUCACGUAUGAUGAUCGAGCUUUAAAAAUUAAUGGCGAAAGAAAAAUUAUAUUAUCUGGUUCCAUUCAUUAUCCUCGUAGCACUGCAGAGAUGUGGCCAUCUUUGAUCAAGAAAGCUAAGGAGGGAGGUCUUGAUGCAGUUGAGACCUAUGUUUUUUGGAAUGCUCAUGAGCCUGUAUAUCGUCAGUAUGAUUUCUCGGGCAACUUGGAUCUUGUGAAGUUUAUGAAAUUAAUACAAAAUGAAGGGCUUUAUGCCAUAUUGAGAAUUGGUCCAUACGUCUGUGCUGAAUGGAAUUACGGAGGGUUUCCAGUUUGGUUAAACAACAUACAAAAUAUGACUGUUAGGACCAACAAUCCUCCGUUUAUGCAUGAGAUGAAGACUUUUGUCAGCAAGAUUGUUGACAUGAUGAAAAAAGAAAAUCUUUUUGCUUCUCAAGGUGGACCAAUUAUACUCUCUCAGAUUGAGAACGAAUAUGGCAAUUGGAAAGUUGAAUCUGAAUAUGGAAAUGAUGGGAAAAUAUAUAUUCAAGAGUGUGCAAAAUUUGCCGAGUCUCUUAAUAUUGGUGUCCCUUGGAUCAUGUGUCAACAAGAUGAUGCUCCAGACCCCAUGAUCAAUACAGCAAAUGGUUAUUAUGCUGAUAACUUUUAUCCUAAACGUAAAAUUCCCAAGAUGUGGACGGAGAAUUGGACUGGCUGGUUUAAAGACUGGAAUAAUGGUAGAGAUCCUCAUAGAACUGCUGAAGAUGUUGCAUUUGCUGUUGCUCGUUUUUUCCAAAAAGGUGGCACAUUGCAGAAUUAUUAUAUG